AAUCGCCCAGGAGUUUUAGUCGCUUUCAGAAAUCAUUGCAUUAAAAAAAAAAAUUAAAAAUACAUAGAUAUUAACGUCGUGUUAAAUUCUACUUCCGUGAAAAUGAAGAGUUAUUCCGUAAUCGCCGUGACAAUUGUUUUGGCCCUUUUUGCGGCCAACGCGUCUGCACACAGCUCGUUUGACGGACAAGAUAAUUGUGACAUUAAGUAUCACUUGCACGAAAACUUGGCUUCGGUGCUGAGCAACCCAGUAGGCGUGCGUAUACUCAAUAACUUGCGACAGAGCACUCAUGACAUCUGCAUGGACCCGAAGGCCCACAACGGACUCGUCAGCCUAUAUGACGGGAUCAUUAACUUGACGACCGACACCAAUAUUUCGCUAACCCUGGGAAAUAUAUUCUUCUGGGUCAGGAAAAUCAUGAAGAACCCCAACUUCCGUAUCAUCUGGCACAAUAAUAUGAAAGGCCUCAACAUGGUUUUCGAUAACCUAGAUGUCGUUAGACAGAUAACCAAAACGAUAUUUGACAAYUUAGAAUUGAUUUUGAGGAGUCCACACUUCGACUCCACAUUUGAUAUGAAGGUUCAAAAUCUGUCCAACCUGCAAAAACUCAGCAAUAACGUUGUAGUCAAAGCUGCGAAUACAAUACUCUACAAAAAGAGGCCAGUCCAGACAAGACGUUUAAAAUCCAGAAACGACUGGAAUUAAUUGAAAUAUAAAGUUAUGUCCGUGACAAU